AUGACAAAAGGUUUUACGAUCGACUUCACUGGCCAGACCAUUAUCGUUACUGGAGGUAACCGUGGAAUCGGCUACGAACUCAGCAGGGGCGUCGCGACCGCAGGUGCUAACGUCGCCAUCAUCUACAAGAGUUCCAAGGAUGCCGAUUCUGUUGCUGAGAAGAUUGCAAAGGAGUUUGGAGUGAAGUCAAAGGCGUACCAGGCCGACGUCUCCAAGGCGGACAUUGUUACCAAGGUUUUCAAGCAAAUUGACGAGGAGCUUGGGCCUGUCACUGGUCUCGUCGCCAACGCCGGUGUCUCUGUCGUGAAGCCUGCCACCGAGCUUACCGAAGAAGACUUCAACUUCGUUUAUGGUGUAAACGUGCUUGGGGUCUUCAAUACCGCCACAGCGGCCGCCAAGCUCUGGACCGCUCGCCAAAGCAAAGGCAGCAUCGUCAUCAACUCUAGCAUGUCUUCUCAGAUUAUCAAUCAAGCCGGAGAAAAUAUUCCCCUUACCCAGGUCUUCUAUAACUCCUCUAAGGCUGCUGUCUCCUCCGUUGCGAAGGGUCUCGCGGCGGAAUGGGCUCCGCACGGCAUUCGCGUCAAUACACUAUCACCAGGCUAUGUCAAUACUGAUCAAACGUCUCAUAUGGAUCCUAAGUUACGCACUUAUCAAGCGGCAAACAUUCCGUUGAGAAGGUUUGCUGAGCCCCAAGAGAUGGUGGGCCAGACUGUUUUAUUACUCAGUGAUUAUGCCAGUUACAUGACUGGUGGGGAGUAUUUUGUUGAUGGUGGUCAACUCGUCUGGUAG